AUGUCUUUUGGUUAUGAUGAGGACUUUGUGAGUCUUAUUGACGAAGAUCUACAAUGUUCAAUUUGUUAUCUGGCUUUGCGAGAACCGGUUCUCACCAGAUGUGGCCACAGAUUCUGUAGGCAAUGUCUCGACCGACACAUGGCGAGGUUUGUCUUUUCUUUUUAUUUUCGAAAAUAACGUUGUCUCACUAAGGUAGUGUCCCACUUAAGUGUCUUAAUAGAUAUAAAAUUAGUAGUAAAUUGUGCUUGUGUCGUAAGCUUAUAAACUUAUAUAGGGGCAAAUGCAGCAGAAAUGUCGGUUAAAAUGGUUUCAGCUGAAUGGUUUCAACCCUCAAUGACUCUGUUAACCUUCUUCAUUCAUUCAGGUUAGGAGACAAAAGAAAUUGACGUUGUUACUUGACUUAUUUUUAACACCAUAUAACACCAACGUUCGGGGAGGGGACAAAAAACGUGAUUUACAGGUGCAACUUAUACAGUGUAGGGUCAGCCAGUUAAAUUUCUAUAAAAGAAUAAAUAAUUUUUGGGCUGCAAACAUAAAAUAGUUCUGAAUUAAACCUCAAUUUUGUGCACUGAAGCUAUGAGGCUGAUCAAUCACUCGGUUGACUGGAUAUUUACAAUGGCUGUACCAAAAUCUUCCUGGAUAUUGUGUGCAUGAAGUUUGGCAAACUUGAUCAGUAAAUUUACUAAGUUAGUGAAUUGAAAAUCUAGAGCAGAAUACCUCAUUACCUAGUGAACAAUAUUAUGUCCUAUUUCAGAAUGGGAUGUCGUUUAAAUUGUGAAUUUCCUUAGCUUGCAUAGCAGGUGGUUUGUUUGUUUGUUUUUUGCUGUGUUUUCCAUUUGUGUUUUGUAAAGUAAGAAUAGUAGCCAGUAGCCGCACUGUUUACGUAGAUGUCAACUGACCCCUAUUAGGCUAUGAGUAACGUCUGUGAAGCAACACCGAUUAAAUCCUUGUUCUGGGACCCCAAUGAACUCAACAAAUUACUGGAAAUCAGUGUUUUGAAUUUCCCUACAACGUGAUUGGCAAAUUGACAAUGGCUUUUUGAACAGGCCAAUCAUGGUCUGUACCUCAUAUCCUGAUACACAAGUAGGGGCCCAGAACAACAAUUUUGGCACUGUUUCACAGAUAGACUACUAGAAGUUUUGGUUCUGUCGGUGGUGCAGGCAACAAAUGGAUACAGCCACAUGAAAGCUGAACCAAGGUCAAAUGACAAAACAAGGAGAGAGGGGGUGAGGAAAAGAAUGUUCUCUCUCUGCCUUCUUUGACUUCUUUCUCUCACCCCCUUCCCAAUCAUUUUCUCAUUUGACUCCUUACUCUACCUGGUUCAAAUUUGGAGUUGCAGGGGGACACCCCACCAAAAACUAUUUCUAUAUAUCUUUCUAUUACAUCAAUCAUACUUUUCAAGUUCUUAAGACAGUGAGAGUUUUAAUUUUAGCUGUAUUUAUGGUACAUCCAGAUAAGCAGAAAUGAUAUUAGAAACUGUAGCCAUUGAAAGUUAACAAAUUAAUGUCCUCAAUUUUGCUGCUAUCAUGAAGAAGUAUUGUCACAAGAAACAAUCACCCCUUGGCUCAAAUAAGCAUUAUUUUUGGAUCAAUCCUUUGCAAUAGGUCCUUGUAAUAUUUUUUGCUUUUAAAAUAUCAAGAACACCUGUCAGUACAUUAAGAAUUUUCAUCGACAGGCAGAAAAGUCAACAACAAGUAGUCAACUGUCCUAUUGACCGAGAGCGGCUCGCACACCGUAAGGUAAAAUAUCACUAUGAUUUUGUAGAACUAUUUUAGGAUCAUUUUUAUUACAUACCCACUAAAAAGCCAUGUUGGAAACUCUAGCCAUUUACAGGCAAAGACAGUAUGUUUUUCACACAAACUAGUACAUGCUUUCAGAAUUAUUAUUACGAACAAAUUAUGUUUUUUAUUGUGUGGGAAUUAAUAUAGUACAUCCCAUCAAAAGGCACAGAGAUGUGUGAGCUUUUUUGCUCUAAGUUUCCUGUUUUUUUUUUUUAUUUAUUUAUUUAUUUUUUUUUUUAUGGGUGCCUGCAAGGCUCUUGCUUUGCUAGUUGCAUUGGCUGCUAUUCAAUGAUAACAUUGUUAUAACAUUUUCUUGAUAUUGCAUUAAUUAUCUUCCAAAUUUGCUACACACUUGCCGCUUAUGAAUAAUUAAUUGUGGGAUUUGGAGCAAACAGAAAUGGAGAGUUAUUUUGAAUAAAUAAUAAUAAUACUUAUUGGAUAUGAUGUGAACAUUCUGAUUUUGCAGAUGCUCUUAUACAUUAAAGUAUUUCAAAUAGAUAAUGUAAAAUCAGUGAGUAAAUCGAUCUCUACAUGACUGAGAAAAAUAAUUUAGGCGUUAAAAAUGCAAGAAAUGAUCCAGGUCAUUUUGGUAAUAUAAAUCUGAUUAAAUUUUUGUAGGAUAUCUUCCCUGAUAAAGCAACUGGGAGGAAGAUUCUGUCCUUAUUAUAA